UUUUUCUUGUCAGCCCUAGUUUUCUCUCUCUUAAAAUCCCUUAUUUUCCCCCACACUCCCACUCAAGAAGACGCCCAACAAAACACAGAGCAAAAGCAUUAACAAAGAGGCGACAAAGGAAUCAAUUCCAUCAUUUUCUCCGUCUCCGUUUCCCUUCCUCCUUCUCCUUCGCCGCCAUGGACCAGCAAUCGCAGCUCGCCCUCAUCCUAGGACCUGACCCGAUUCCAUUCGAAACCCUAGUCUCCCACUUGAUGUCCUCCUCAAACGAACAACGUUCUCACGCUGAGGCCUUGUUUAAUCUAUGCAAGCAAUCGGACCCUGACGCCCUCUGCCUCCGCCUCGCCCACCUUCUCCAAGUCUGCACUCAGCCCGAGAUUCGUGCCAUGGCAGCUAUUCUCCUCCGUAAGUUGUUGACGCGUGACGACUCUUAUAUCUGGCCUCGCCUCAACAUUUCUACACAGUCUUCCCUUAAAUCCGUGCUUCUGUCUCAAAUCCAAGUGGAAACCACCAAAAAUUUAUCUAAAAAGCUGUGCGAUACUGUUGCGGAGCUUGCUUCCAGUAUUUUGCCGGAGAAUGGGUGGCCAGAGCUCUUACCGUUUAUGUUCCAGUGUGUCUCUUCGGAUUCCCCUAAAUUACAGGAGUCUGCUUUUUUGAUAUUCGCGCAGCUGAGUCAAUAUAUUGGGGAUGUGUUGACUCCUUUUAUAAAGGAUCUACACACUGUGUUCUUGAGGUGCCUGAGUGAAAGUUCUAAUGCCGAUGUCAAAAUUGCUGCAUUGAAUGCGGUCAUCAACUUUAUUCAGUGUUUGACCAGCUCAUCCGAUCGGGAUAGGUUUCAGGAUCUUUUGCCGGCAAUGAUGAGGACCUUGACAGAGGCUUUAAAUAACGGGAAUGAGGCCACUGCUCAGGAGGCACUUGAGUUGUUGAUCGAGUUGGCAGGUACCGAGCCACGGUUUCUUAGGAGGCAGCUUGUUGAUGUAGUGGGUUCGAUGCUGCAGAUUGCAGAGGCAGAAUCUCUUGAGGAAGGGACACGUCAUUUGGCGAUUGAAUUUGUGGUGACUUUGGCGGAAGCAAGGGAACGUGCUCCUGGAAUGAUGCGGAAGUUGCCGCAAUUUAUUAGUAGGUUAUUUGCAAUAUUGAUGAGAAUGCUGUUAGAUAUUGAGGAUGAUGCAGCAUGGCACACGGCAGAAUCUGAGGAUGAGGAUGCUGGAGAGACCAGCAAUUACAGUGUCGGACAGGAGUGUUUGGAUCGUUUGGCAAUUUCCUUAGGUGGGAACACAAUUGUUCCUGUUGCAUCUGAGCAGUUGCCUGCUUAUUUGGCUGCUUCUGAGUGGCAAAAGCAUCAUGCUGCAUUAAUUGCCCUUGCUCAGAUUGCUGAGGGGUGUGCCAAGGUUAUGAUUAAAAAUCUGGAACAAGUGGUUUCCAUGGUUUUGAACACAUUUCAUGAUUCUCAUCCUCGUGUGAGGUGGGCAGCUAUUAAUGCAAUUGGGCAAUUGUCUACCGACUUAGGACCAGAUUUGCAAAACCAAUAUCACCAAAGAGUAUUGCCUGCAUUAGCUGGUGCUAUGGAUGAUUUUCAGAAUCCACGAGUGCAGGCCCAUGCUGCUUCAGCUGUACUCAACUUUAGUGAGAACUGCACUCCAGAAAUUUUAACACCUUACUUGGAUGGAAUAGUCAGCAAAUUGCUUGUACUUUUACAGAAUGGGAAACAAAUGGUGCAAGAAGGUGCCUUGACUGCUUUGGCAUCAGUUGCCGACUCAUCUCAGGAGCACUUCCAAAAAUAUUAUGAUGCAGUUAUGCCUUACCUGAAAGCAAUCUUGGUAAAUGCAACUGACAAAUCUAAUCGUAUGCUACGUGCCAAAUCCCUGGAGUGUAUUAGUCUUGUUGGAAUGGCUGUUGGAAAAGAGAAGUUCAGAGAUGAUGCUAAGCAGGUUAUGGAAGUGCUUAUGUCAUUGCAAGGAUCCCAAAUGGAAACAGAUGAUCCAACAACAAGUUACAUGCUGCAAGCAUGGGCUAGACUCUGCAAGUGUUUGGGACAAGACUUCCUCCCUUACAUGAGUGUUGUCAUGCCUCCCCUUCUUCAGUCUGCUCAGCUUAAGCCAGAUGUAACUAUUACAUCUGCAGAUUCAGAUAAUGACAUAGAGGACUCUGAUGAUGAAAGUAUGGAAACCAUUACGCUUGGGGACAAAAGAAUUGGGAUCAAGACAAGUGUUCUGGAGGAGAAGGCUACAGCAUGUAACAUGUUAUGUUGCUAUGCCGAUGAGUUGAAGGAAGGGUUUUUUCCAUGGAUUGAUCAGGUUGCUCCAACUUUAGUUCCUCUUCUUAAAUUUUAUUUCCACGAGGAAGUUAGAAAAGCUGCCGUUUCAGCCAUGCCGGAGUUAUUGCGUUCUGCAAAAUUAGCUGUGGAGAAGGGAAUGGCUCAAGGGCGUAAUGAGACCUAUGUGAAGCAAUUGUCUGAUUACAUUAUUCCGGCUCUUGUGGAGGCAUUACAUAAGGAACCUGAUACAGAAAUAUGUGCAAGCAUGUUGGACGCAUUGAAUGAAUGCAUACAGAUCUCUGGUCCACUUUUAGAUGAAAGCCAGGUUAGAUCUAUUGUGGAUGAGAUAAAACAAGUAAUCACAGCUAGUGCAAGCAGGAAAAGGGAGAGAGCUGAAAGAGCCAAAGCUGAAGACUUUGAUGCUGAGGAGGGAGAAUUGAUUAAAGAGGAAAAUGAGCAAGAGGAAGAAGUUUUUGACCAAGUGGGAGAAAUCUUGGGAACUUUGGUCAAAACAUUUAAAGCCUCUUUCUUGCCUUUCUUUGAUGAGCUAUCUUCAUAUCUUACACCUAUGUGGGGCAAAGAUAAGACAGCUGAAGAAAGAAGAAUUGCUAUUUGUAUUUUUGACGAUGUUGCUGAGCAGUGUCGUGAGGCAGCUAUAAAAUAUUAUGAUACAUAUCUUCCUUUCAUAUUGGAGGCUUGCAAUGAUGAGAAUCCGGAUGUGCGACAGGCAGCGGUGUAUGGACUGGGUGUUUGUACAGAAUUUGGUGGACCUGUAUUUAAGCCGCUUGUAGGAGAGGCUCUAUCAAGGUUAAAUGCUGUAAUCCGGCAUCCCAAUGCUUUGCAACCUGAAAAUGUAAUGGCAUAUGAUAAUGCUGUUUCUGCUUUAGGAAAAAUAUGCCUGUUCCAUCGUGACAGUAUUGAUGCAGCUCAGAUUGUUCCUGCAUGGUUAAACUGCUUGCCGAUAAAGGGUGAUCUGAUAGAAGCCAAAGUUGUUCAUGAACAACUUUGUUCAAUGGUAGAGAGGUCAGACAGUGAAGUUUUGGGUCCCAACCAUCAGUAUCUUCCUAAGAUAGUUGCAGUGUUUGCUGAGGUUUUAUGUGGUAAGGAUCUAGCUACAGAGCAAACUGCAAGUAGGAUGCUGAAUUUACUGAGGCAGCUUCAGCAAACUUUGCCAGCGGCAACAUUGGCCUCAACUUGGUCGUCCUUGCAGCCACAACAACAGCUUGCCUUGCAAUCCAUGCUCUCCUCAUAGUAUAUCGGCCAGACAUUGACAGGCAUCUAUCUUUCUGGUUUUGAAGGAAUGCAAUAUCCAGUCCAUGUGUUGAAAGCAUAUUUAUUACCAAUUCUUUUCCCUGAGAAGGUUCCCAUUGUUUUUGCAUGAUGUUUUACUCGCAGACGGGAAGCUUUGAGUGAGUGUGAAAAGUCGUCAGAGCGGUUGAAAUGAAUCUUUACUCGGUAGGAUGUGUAUAUUACAAGUGUCGAUUUUUAAUACGGGGUAUUGAGUCUGGGAAAGAAGCAUAAUGUGAUUUUAUGGUUUGGGAGCAUUUUUGCUUUUCUUUUAAGGGUAAAUGCCUGAGGUUUUAGGGUUGUCAUUUGUAGCAGUUUUGGUGUCAAAUGCGUUUUCGGUUUCAGUUUGCACAAAAUAUUUUGCUCGAUUGUGAUUAUUACAGAGUUGUGGACCGAAAUUUUGAAUGGUUAUUCUUUGUUUGCAAUUCCCUUUUUAUCUUAAAAAGCUAGCAAUAAAAAACAAAAUGGAUAUUUUUUUGAA